GAAACGCUCAUGGGGAGGCACCGAAGGACUUUGGAAGUAUCUGAAAUUCAUUUGACUCCUCCUGCAUUACAUGAGUUAUCAGUUACUUAAUUAAACCAUUCUAUUCCAGAGCUUGAAAGGUCAGGUCCAGUAAAAUGGAGGACAGACACCGAACAGCGGGAGAUACAAGGAUAUAGACACAUCAAAAGGGUUGAACAAUAGCUUGUGACACUGCAGUCUCACAGAAACUGGUUUUCCAAACAGGAGCCCAGAUUCUGCAAGCCAUCCCUAGGCACUGACACAAGUGCCUGAAUAAAGAAAGCUUGAUCUGAUAAACAAGGCUACAUCUAACUGAAGAAGGAAUGAGCUUCCACAAUCAGGGGAGACAGAACUGAACAGUGUUCCAGAUGCAGCUUCACAUGUGCCAAAUAGAGGAAAAUAAUCACUUCCCUCAACCUGCUUUUCACGUCCUUGCUCUUACAGUCUAGUACAUAAUAAUUCGGAUAACGCAAUCUCACUCCAAAAAGAAAGCUUCCCCGUUGCUGUUUAGUUGCAAAGCCACACCUGAGGAGACGUCAGGCAACCACCUCAAGGGACAGCCGCCAUCUCGCGCCACUUCCCGCCUCGCGGCCACCGGCGGCCACCGGCGGCCACCCCGCGCAACGCCCUGCCGUGCCCUGCCCUACUAACCCCCCACUCGUGUACAGCCUUGAAAGCCAAGAAACUGGCCACGCCCCUCCUUGCAAGGAGCCGGCCGCAAUCUGGGCGGGGAUCUCCCUCGAGACCCCACCCGCUAUGACUCGGCAGCUGGGGGCGGAGCGGGCACGGAGCCAGCAGGGAGUUAGGCACGGCCUGGGAGCCCGCGGCGAUGGUGGUGCUGCCGUUGGUGCUGGCGUGCUGCCUGCUGCGAGCAGCCGGCGCCGCGCUGCCGGUGCCCGCGGGCGCUGCGAGGCGCCCUCCGUGGGACGGAGGAGGACGGGAGGGAGAAGCGGCGGCGCUGCGGGAAAGCACUAAAAGAAUUAGAUUACUGAAUUCACCAUCAAAUGACAACGGAUCUGCUUUCUAUGGAAUAAAUCAGUUUUCUCACCUGUUGCCUGAAGAGUUCAAAGCUAUUUACUUAAGAAGCAUACCUCACAAACUCCCCAGAUACAUAAAAGUGCCACGGGGAAAGGAAAAACCUUUGCCAAAGAAGUUUGACUGGAGGGACAAGAAAGUCAUUGCAGAAGUGAGAAAUCAGCAGACAUGUGGAGGCUGCUGGGCUUUCAGUGUUGUGGGUGGUAUAGAGUCUGCCUAUGCAAUUAAAGGAAAUAAUCUGGAAGAACUCAGCGUACAGCAGGUUAUCGAUUGUUCAUACAAUAAUUAUGGUUGCAGCGGUGGUUCCACGAUAACUGCUUUGAGCUGGCUGAAUCAGACAAAAGUCAAACUUGUGAGAGACUCAGCGUACACUUUUAAAGCUCAUACAGGACUGUGCCAUUAUUUUGCUCACUCAGAUUUUGGAGUUUCAAUAACAGGAUUUGCUGCAUAUGACUUCAGUGGUCAAGAAGAGGAGAUGAUGAGAAUACUUGUUGACUGGGGUCCUUUGGCAGUAACAGUAGAUGCAGUUAGCUGGCAGGAUUACCUUGGUGGGAUCAUACAGUAUCACUGCUCCAGUGGAAAAGCAAAUCAUGCUGUACUUAUCACUGGUUUUGACAGAACAGGUAGCAUCCCUUACUGGAUUGUACAGAACUCUUGGGGCCGUACGUGGGGAAUAGAUGGCUACAUUCGUGUUAAGAUAGGCAGCAAUGUCUGUGGUAUUGCAGAUACAGUUUCAUCAGUAUUUGUUUGAUUCUGGCCAAUGACCAGGAUUAUCAUUUGGCAUACACCAUCUAUGAAGAUUUUACUUCAGAGCAACAUUUCCUAAAAUAAGAAUGAACUGUAUGAGGAGUUCUGCUUUUGAGGCAUUACAGGAAAUGGUCAGCUGAAGUUUUUAAAACUGUUUUUAUUUGGCGUAUGUGUUGUGUAUCAGGUCUCCUAUGGAAUGAGAAUACUCUGAAUCAACCACAGAGCAUGCAGAAGGAAGUUACAAAGAUGGAUUGAAACUGCUAAGGUGAACUUAGGUACUGAAUACUAAAAAGUACACCCCAUAAAAAAUUAUCUUGAGAGAAGAAGCAAUGGCAAAAGAAAAGGAAUUUGAACCUGAUAAUCGGUAUGAUGGAGUCUAAUCAAAAUGCUUUGAACAGCAGCAGCAUGAUGAUUGUCUGCUUUUUACCGGGGAGGGGAAGGAGGAUGCUGGAAGAAAACACUUAUUUUGCUACCUGUUUUGGCUUUUCUAGCACCUCUGGUUGACGUUAAUUUUUGUCAUCCUCCUUGUCAACUGUAUUUAGAUGAACCAAGGCAGUUCUAGUGGCUUAACAUCCCCUGCCCUGCCAGGACAGAAGUGUUUGUAACCCAACCAUUCUGUGCUUUGAUAGCUGUCAAUUCCAUACCUCCUCUCCUCUCUACUUCACAGCUACCAGUGAAACCAGCUGUGAAGUAGAAAUGAAAAAUCAUCUAUUAUAGAAAAAAGGUAUGGCUGUAGAGAGGUGUAAUGUAUUUGCCACCCUUAGAAAGUUAGGAAUUACAGCAUAUUCCAAAUAGAGUAGAUUUCCCUACAAAAAUAUUAAACUCAGUUGAACUUGUAGGAGAGACUUGCUGGGAAUCAUAAGGUGCUUCCGGCUUUCCUGAUCUGGAUAACUGCAGUUGGAGGCAAAUGUAACUAGAACUGACAACUAAACAUGCAUUUCUAAGAUGCUGUGAAUUUGUCAUCUGGAAUGCUUUACCAGUGUCCUUUGUUGAGCACUGUUAUGAAAGGUAUUGAAACAAUUCUAUGUUUUUUUUGCAUUUGCUGUACCGUAUUAAUGAUCAUGUUAAUGUUUUUAUAACAGAUGCCGUGAAUGCUCAUCACUGUCUCUCAUAUUGUCACCUUAGUCCUUCCAUUUCUAAGAGUUAAUAUUUUAAGUAGGGAAAAAAAGACUCAAGUGCUAAGUGUCAGAUUCUGUUCCUACGUUUAACAGGCUCAAACUUCAGAAUAACAAAAGGGGAAGCCUUUUGUGUAGUAUGGCCUUCCCUUAGCAGAUUACAGACAACAAAUAGCACACUUCUCUAAUGGGAGAAGAACAGCUAAUGUGUUUUUAUAGCAGUAUCAAACCUAUAAGUUCUAUCUGUUUCUGAAGGUAGAACCAAGCCAAUCUAACUAGAGCACAAAGAUACAGAACAACUCCCCAGAAAUUAAGGCUUGCAGCAAAUGUGUACUUUCAAGGGAAGCAUUUACCGAGAGUCUAAUCUAAUAAGAUGGCCCAGCUUUAUCUACUUUAUGGUCAAAGUGACUUCGCUUUUUAUGAUGCAUCAAUUUUAUCCUUGUUUCAAUGAUAUUGUGAUUAAAAAACACUCUAAAUGGCUGUCA